UUUACUGCAGCAAGCGAUUUAAGAGUGCUGGGAGAGAGAGCUCUCGCAGGUUCCGUUCCGUUUGUUGCCGUCGCUUCCUCAGCCCCUUCGCUCGCAACCAUGAUCAUUCCAGAGAAGAACCGACGUGAAAUCUCCAAGUACCUCUUCCAAGAGGGAGUUUGCUUUGCAAAGAAGGACUACAAUCUCGCGAAGCACCCGGAGAUCGAUGUGCCGAACCUGCAAGUGAUAAAACUAAUGCAAAGCUUCAAGUCCAAGGAGUACGUGCGUGAGACCUUUGCUUGGAUGCACUACUACUGGUACCUCACCAACGACGGUAUUGAGUUCCUCAGGACUUAUCUCAACCUUCCUUCGGAAAUUGUCCCUGCGACUUUGAAGAAACAGGCCAGGCCUGCUGGUAGACCCUUUGGCGGCCCACCUGGUGAUCGUCCCCGUGGCCCUCCUCGUUUCGAGGGAGAAAGGAGAUUUGGUGGUGACCGAGAUGGGUACCGUGGUGGUCCUCGUGGACAAGGUGGUGACUUUGGUGACAAGGGUGGAGCACCAGCUGACUACAGACCUAGUUUUGGGGGUCCCGGGGGAAGGCCUGGCUUUGGUCGUGGAGCUGGUGGUUUUGGUGGGGGCUCAGCUAGCACAAAUCUUGCUUGAAGAGUAAUCAUUCGUUCGUUGCAUGGUUUUUGAAAUUUCGGAUUUUAAGCAGAAUGGAUACGAAUUGCAGCUUAUGGGAGUUCUGUUUUUGUUUCUCUAGCGUUAAAGAAUAUUUAGUUGUUGGAUUAGAUAUAGUUAUUAUUUGAUUUUGCAAUUUUACGAAUUGUGUUUGAACAAACUGUUAUUUCUCGAGCAUUAUCUAUACUAUCAAAUGAUUUCUGUGCUA